CCAGCCGCGCCUCAAAAUGGCGGCGCGGAGCCCGCCUUCCCGCCGGCGGAAGCGGGAGUGACGGCAGGCAGGGCGACGACAAGAUGGCGGUCCCCAGCCUGCUGCGCGGGGGGCUGAGGCGGCUCUUCGCCGGGCUCUGGGGGCGCGGCUGGGCUCCGCCGCCGGCCCGAGCCCUCCGGGAGGUCGUGGAGGUGACUGAAGGCAACACGACCACAAUUGAAGGGAAAAUUAUAGAGGAUGCUGCAGCACCAACUCCUCCUAACCCCUCUGGCCAGUGUCCCAUCUGUCGCUGGAACCUGAAGCAUAAGUAUGAUUACGUGGAUGUCCUGCUCCUGAGCCAGUUUAUCCGUUCUGACGGAGGGAUGCUGCCACGGCGGAUCACGGGCCUCUGUUUGGAGGAGCACAGGAAGAUUGCGGUCUGCGUGCAGAUGGCUCACCGUGCAGGUUUGUUGCCAAACCACAGGCCUCGACUUCCUGAAGGGCAUAUUCCCAAGAAACCCAAGCUCAACAGGGACUUGCAUUGCACAUGGAAGAGAACUUUGCAUAUAGAAGAUACAUAGUUCCUGCUGUGCUCUCCUAAAACAGGAGGUCUCGUGCAAGGUGGAAAGAACAGGCAGAGCUGAGCACUGCACAGGGAUGUAUGCUGUCUGACUGUGCUAGUAAGAGCUUUGCCCUUCUGAAGGACAGCAGUGCUCUUUGAGAUGAGUGAAGUGUCAGGACUAAGACAAAAACCUAAGGUAACCUUAAGGACAGAUUCCACUCACUCACACCACCCGAGAUUGGAAGAGAUUUAAUGUGGGGAAUGCAGCUUGAUGCAGGAGUCAGAGCCCAGCACCUCUACUACACUACAGAUCUAAGCAUCCAAUUUCUGGAUGUAGGCUCUCUGGAUGCUUUCUAGACUCAGAGCAGCAACCCCUACCUGGCUGGAGUCUGGCAGGUUACUUCAUUUGGAUAAGCAAUUCCUUUCAUUUCUUUCCACUCCUGCAAAGUCAUGGCUGAUGCUCCAUUUGGCCAGGUUUAUUCUGGGUUGUGUUGGUACUGCUGAGAUCUGCUGCUGAAGGAGGAACAAACCAGACCGAUGAAACACUUCAGCUUUGUCUCUGCCCUGAAGUGAGGUGCUUCUCCAGCUUGAGACUAUUUUCAUAGCACAGCAGUCAGCAGUACAAAUUAUCCAGCAGGUCUGUCCUUGAGGAAUCUGCUCCUGAAAUGAUGUACAAGCCAGCUGCAUAGGAGGAGCCCUAUGGCUCCUGGGCAGAGGUGCUAAGGAAGUGCAUAAAGAAGGGCUGAGAGGAGCUGUAUUCAUGUAUACCCGUGGGAGUACCUUGGCUGUGCUUGUGGCUAUCUUGGCCAGAACAUUUGGCCCACAUCACAUUCACCCUGUCUAAGAGAGCCUGCUUCAAAUACAAAGUGCCUGGAUGCACUGGCUGUCACCUAGCUGAGAUUAAGAAGUACCACGCCGCCAUAUGGAGCUGUCAGCAAACUGCCUUCUUUUACCAAGGGUCAGGGGUGCUGUUCUGCAGUUGAUCUAAUGAUGUGAAGUUUGGAUUUAUCACCAAAAACCCCUCUGCCUCUUCUCUGCUUGUCCUGAAUGUGCUUUUUCUGGUGCUUACAAGCAGAAAUAGCCUGUUCUAUUUUCUGAAGAGGUUUUACUGUUGCCAUUGUACAAACUUCUUUCCUACAUGCCCACAACUUCUCUGCACGAUGGUAAGAAUUUGCUUUGCACCCAUCCUGGAUAUGAUGUAACACAGAGGAGAAGAUUGGAUGAAGGUAGAACAUGAAGGUGAAAUGCUAGUUUGAGCCAAGUUGUGGUCAUCAGAGUGGUAGGAGAUGAGUGAGAACAGCUUGUGAUCAGAAUUCAUCUGGGGAGCACUCAACAGCUUUCUGUUCUACCCCUUGCAGUUUGGACACCAUCCAGGUGGGACUAACCAUGGCGUUCCUCGUUUCUUGGCCUUCAGUUCUUUGUCUUUUCACUUUCUGCCUGAUUUGUUUUUGACAGCAGUACCUCAUGAACGUUAUUGCUUAACUGCUUUACUUCUUAUGGGCUCUUCUGCAAAAAUAUGGCCAUCAGAGUACCCACAUCACCCAUAAAUUCUUGAGUCCUCCUCCUCUCUUUCAUAACGUUCGUCUGCAGCACUUGGACAUGGAAAACCAAUGAAGCUUACCCCAUCAUUGCAGAAUUGCUCCCUACAAUUCACUUUCUCAUAUUUGGCCCAGUCUGGGGCUGUCAUUGUUUCCAAGGGAUGACUCCACAAGCAAAUUUGUUUUGUAGCCAAGGAUUGUUCUUUCAACCCCAGCCUAAGUUCUCCCUUUCAUAACUUCCUGUAGUUACUUCUUAUGUCUGAGUCCAGUUGUGCUCCAGCCUCGCGUGUUCCAGUGAAGUGCUGUAGCAACGAAGUAUUUUCGCUGGCCCACGAGGCUGAGGAAGUUCUCAGGGAUUUCUCCAGCGCUGUGUGGAGCAAUAGGCCACUUCCAGAUUCCAGAGUCAUGUGUGCAGGCCGCCACACACCGAAACCAUUUGGGGAGCUUUCAAGCACUGUUGCAGGUCGGACUCCUUGCUUUCAGGAGUGGAAACCUGAGCAGCUCAGCGGUUUUCUUUACAGCAUGGAGAUUGCUGCCUGGAUAGCGUGGACUAACUGUCCAGAACAGUCGCUGAGUUCAGGCCAGCAUCUAGAUGCUCCCUUAAUGUGAAUGUAGCACUCAUUUCCUUUUGGCAGGUCCAAAGUGUUGGUUAAAGCACAACACUGUAGUUGUUCCCUUCCCAAAAGGACUGAAGGAUGUCACGGGUUCCUGAGUCAUCCUUGCUCUGUCAGCAAGAGGUUUUAUAGAUAUGGAGUACAUGAUUCUUAGUGCUCAGCUGCCACUCCAUUUUCAGCUUCCUACUGGAAGAACAGAAAUUGGCAUGGGUAACAUCCAAGUCAACCUCUCCUCCAUCACCUAAGCUGAAGAAUUUGCUGUGUGUUAGGGAACAGGCAGGUUCCACAUGAACUCCUCGUGAAUUACAAAGUUCUCAGGCUCUGUGGACACCUUUCCUCCCUCGGAGCAGAAUCUGGUUUCACUGCUAUCAGUGUUUCACGCCAGCAGCAUGUGGAUUCUCUCAUCUGCAUGGAAACUGUGCUGUGCGUACCACGUGAAUUCAAAAGCAAAGAGCCAGAGCUGCUGCAGGUGAGCAAAACCAAGAGGUGUCAAGGGAAGGGAUGUGGCAGGGAGGAGGCAGCCUUUGCCAGCACUUUGAUCGAGUGCUUCCUGCGUAGUCUGUAGCCCUCUGCCUUCUGCUCUUAAUCCAAACAAGAGCCAGAUUGGAAAAGCUCACUGAGGGUUCAGAAGUUCAGCCUUGAACUCCACCGGCAGGCUUGAGCUGCAUGCAGGGCUGCAGUUGCCCCAUGUGUGGGUAAUUUCUCCUAGCACGUGGAAGUCCUGUGCCCAUUAUUCCUAGGUGUUAAGCAGCAACCUCUGGGUGGGAAGGCUUUGGGGCCCUCCUGCUCACAGAAUAAAAUCUGUGCAAACUGAUUUCCUUGUGCCACAGAGAUUUUAGGUGACUGCAAUGACACUACCUACAGCUAUUUCCAGGAUUCUCAUCACACUUUAUCCAAACUAGUCCUUUGUGCAGCUGGAGUCUAGGAAUUCAGCUUGCUCCCUGGGAUCAUAUUGUACUCAAGGGGGUAAGCAGAGCCCUGGGGUGGGUUGCCACUCUGAGAUUGGCAGUUCUGUCCCCUGUAAGCAGAGAGCUCUGGGUACUGAGAUAACAGGUUAGGAGGCUGCACACCAGCUGCAUUUGGCAACCACAUGGAGGCUCUGUCCUCACAACCCUCGGCUGGUUGAGAAAAUUCAGACCAUCUGCCAGUGUGUAUCUGUAGGUUAUUGUAAAAGCUCCCCGGGACAAACCAGGUGGCUGGAUAUAAUGGGAAGUUGGGUGACUUGGCUAGAAAAGGGGGUACAAUUUCACGAAACAGCAGAAUUCACAGGGAAGUCCUGUGUGCUGGGCUUUGAAGCCCUCAUAUGUGAGCUUUGUGGGUUGUUUCUGCUCUCAGGAAAAGCAAAUCUGUUUUGUGAAACAGUAGGAACUGGGGUUAGUCAAAACGGAAAAGGAACUUGGUAGACCAAGUGCUCCCAGGCAUCAGGCUUUUGCCACUGCUGAAUCAAGGUAAAAAAAAAAAAAAAAAAAGCAGCAAACAAAAUAGGACAAGUUUGAGUUUGGGACAAAGCAAGUAUUAAAAGUGCUAAAAGCAAAUGUGCUCCAGGAAGGGAAAGCGUCCAAAUGUCUGUUUCAGCUAACAAUGAAAAGCCCCAGCCUGCAGUCCCCAAAGGAAGCCAAAAGCCUGGACCAGAGGGCUGGAUUAGACCUGCUCAAAAGAGAAAUAACAAAAGCUUUCAAAUCAGGCCAUUACUAAAUCCUCCUUCCUAUGCAGAAUUGGGGUGUGCACUUCCAGCCCCCACACAGAAACAGAGGGAU